AUGGCGCCUCUCGCACGCAUCGUGUGCGCGUCUCUGGCAUUCGUCACUGCCUCAGUCUCCGCCUCCUCCGCCGUCGCCAUCGAGCGCCGCCAGAAUGGCACCUCCGGCUCCACCUGCCCAGGCUACAAGGCCAGCGACGUGCAGAAGAACGCCAAUGGCAUGACCGCGACGCUUACCUUGGCCGGGAAGCCAUGCAACGUCUACGGCAACGAUCUCCACCAUCUGACCUUGACCGUCGAGUAUCAGACGGGUACGUCCGCAUCUUAUCAUGGGCAAUGAAUCACAACUCGAGUUGACAUCUUCGCCAGACAAGCGCCUUCACGUUUUGAUUCAAGAUGCCAAUCAACAGGUCUACCAGGUCCCCGAGUCCGUCUUUCCUCGUCCAUCUCUCACCGGCGUCGAGAACGGAACGAGCGAUCUGCUUUUCGACUACCAGGCCGAGCCCUUCAGCUUCACCGUCAAGCGUCGCAAGACUGGCGAGAUCUUGUUCGAUACUUCUGCCGCGUCCUUGAUCUUCGAAGACCAGUAUGUGCGCUUGCGGACUGCCCUUCCACCGAGCCCCAGUCUGUACGGUACCGGCGAGCACACCGAUCCAUUGUAAGUACCAAGUACCCGAAUCUCAACUGCCGAGGAAUGCUCGCUAAUCUACACAUUGCACAGCAUGCUGAACACCACCAACUACACCCGCAUCGUCUGGGAUCGCGAUGCUUACGGUACUCCUCAAGGUACCAACUUGUACGGUACCCACCCCAUCUACUACGACCACCGUGGCGAAAACGGCACUCACGCUGUCUUCCUCCUGAACUCGAACGGCAUGAACUAUAAGAUCGAUGACACGGAUGGUCAAUUCCUCGAGUACGAUCUCCUUGGCGGUGUUCUCGACUUCUACUUCGUGGCCGGCCCAUCGCCCGUUGAGGCCUCUCAGCAGUAUUCGGAAAUUGCCGGAAAGGCCGCCAUGAUGCCGUACUGGGGCUUUGGAUUCCAUCAAUGCCGCUAUGGCAUGCGAGACGUCUACGAGGUCGCCGAGGUCGUGGCUAACUACUCCGCUGCCAACAUCCCCCUGGAGACCAUGUGGACCGACAUUGACUACAUGUACCUGCGGAGAGUCUUCAGCCUGGACCCUGAGCGAUUCCCAUUGCCGCUCAUGCGCGAGCUCGUCUCCACCCUCCACAGCCGCCAGCAGCAUUACAUCGUAAUGGUGGACCCAGCCGUUGCUUACCAGGACUACGCACCAUUCAACAAUGGCAAGGACGAUGGCAUCUUCAUGAUGAAGAAUGGCUCCAUCUUCCGUGGCGUUGUUUGGCCUGGUGUUACUGCGUUCCCGGACUGGUUCCACCCGGACACCCAGGCCUACUGGAACGGCGAAUUCGCCGACUUCUUCAAUGCCAGCGGAGGUGUGGACAUUGACGCAUUGUGGAUCGACAUGAACGAGCCCAGCAACUUCGCACAUUACCCUGGCACCGAGGACGCAGAGCAGCAAGCCGUGACCCUGGGCGAUCCACCACGACCACCAGCUGUUCGUCUUGGCUCUCCUCGACCGAUCGCCGGCUUCCCAGCAGACUUCCAGCCUCAAUGCAAGUCGCAGGUUGUCUUCGGAGUGAACGCGAGCACGUUCUUCGGUGAAAACAUCAUUGUCUUCGGCAAUGCUUCCACCAUCGGAGGUCCCAACUACGACAUUAUGAACGCUGCGCCACUCGACGCCACGAACUACCCGAUCUGGGGUGCUACCAUCGACAUGCCGCCAAACAGCGUCGUGUCCUUCCAAUAUGUACGCUCGGAGCCCAACGGUACCUACAUUUACGAGGCUAAAAACCGCACACUCACCACUGGCGGCUGCAACAGCACCGUGCAGCAGACUGGUGACUCGAUCACGACUUCUUCUCCACCACAGUCACAGUCGAAGCUCAAGCGAUCUCUCUCAUUCCACGCGCACAGCGCUCCGCUUCACAAACGUCAGGCCCAUGCUUCCGCUCCGGGAGACAAGAAGGGUCUCCCUGGCCGCAAUCUCAUCAAUCCAUCCUACAACAUUCAGAACGUAGCAGGCAGCCUCAGCAACUUAACCGCCGACACUGAUAUUGUUCUGUACAACGGUAUGGUUGAGUACGACACCCACAACAUGUAUGGUGGCAUGAUGUCCGAGGCCUCUCGCGUCGCCAUGCUCAGCCGUCGCCCGACCAAGCGUCCUAUGAUCAUCACCCGGUCCACCUUUGCUGGCUCCGGCAGAGAAGUCGGCAAGUGGACGGGUGACAACCUGUCCGACUGGUUCCACUACCUCAUUUCCAUCACCGAGAUCAUGGAGUUCGCGGCUCUCUACCAGGUUCCAUUCGUCGGUUCCGAUGUCUGCGGGUUCGGUGGCAACACCAACGAGCUCCUGUGCGCUCGAUGGGCUAGUCUGGGUUCUUUCGCGCCAUUCUUCCGCAACCACGACCAGAACGGUGUCAUUCCGCAAGAGUUCUACCUCUGGCCCAUCGUCACCGAGGCGGCCCAGAACGCCAUCGCCAUCCGCUACAAGCUGCUCGACUACAUCUACACUGCCAUGUACCAGCAGAACCAAACCGGCACUCCUCUGGUCCAGCCCCUGUUCUUCCACUACCCCGAAGACAAGAACACCUUCCCGCUCGGCUACCAAUUCUUCUGGGGACCGGGUCUCAUGGUCGCCCCCGUCACGGAAGAGAACAGCACCACGGCGAACUUCUACAUGCCCCACGACGUCUUCUACGACUACUACAGCCACGACAAAAUCAGCGGCACCGGCGCGCCCUACACCCUCACCAACGUCUCCUACAGCACCAUCCCGCUCUACUACAAAGGCGGCCAGAUCCUCGCCGAGCGCGUCAACAGCGCCAACACGACGACAGAACUCCGCAAGCAGAACUUCCACAUUGUCAUCGCGCCGGGCACCAACGGCACCGCCGAGGGAGACUUGUACCUCGACGACGGAGACAGCUUGGUCCAGUCGAGCUACUCCUACAUCCACUUCUCCUACUCCGCCGCGACCGGACAGUUUCAGAUGUCCGGACAUUUCGGCUAUGAGCCGGGCGUGUACAUUUCUCAGAUCACGGUUCUCGGGAAGAAUAGUGGGUCGAACAGUACCGCUUCCAGCAGGGUGAAGUCGUAUCAGCAGAUCUCGUUGACGAAGGCGUAUUCCGCGACGGUUUAA